AUGCUCCAGCAGCAGUGGGGUCAUGCUCCUGCAGCAGUGAGGUCAUGCUCCUGCAGCAGUGAGGUCAUGCUCCUGCAGCAGUGGGGUCAUGCUCCUGCAGCAGUGGGGUCAUGCUCCUGCAGCAGUGAGGUCAUGCUCCUGCAGCACAGUGGGGUCAUGCUCCAGCAGCAGUGGGGUCAUGCUCCAGCAGCAGUGGGGUCAUGCUCCUGCAGCAGUGAGGUCAUGCUCCUGCAGCAGUGGGGUCAUGCUUCUACAGCAGUGGGGGGCCGGUUGUUGGUCGGGACGUUUGUGGCGCUCGUCUUCAACCUCCUGACGCUGCUCUCAGUCCGGAACAAACCCUUCUCUUACGUCUCUGAAGCGGCCAGCAGCAGUUGGCUCCAGGAGCACGUGGCUGACCUGAGCAGAAGUUUGUGCGGCAUCAUCCCAGGUCUGAGCAGUGUGUUGCUGCCUCGCAUGAAUCCGUUUGUGUUGAUCAACAUGGCAGGAGCUCUGUCCCUCUGCAUCACCUACAUGCUCAUCGAGAUCAAGGAACAGGACGAGACUAAAGCCAGACUCACAGGGAACAGGACGAGACUAAAGCCAGACUCACAGGGACCAGGAAGAGUUCACAGGCAGACUCACAGGGACCAGGACGAGACUACAGCCAGAAUCACAGGGACAGGACCAGGACGAGACUACAGCCAGACUCACAGCGACAGGACCAGGAAGAGUCCACAGCCAGACUCACAGGGACCAGGCAGAGUCUACAGCCAGACUCACAGGGACCAGGACGAGACUACAGCCAGACUCACAGGGACCAGGACGAGACUACAGCCAGACUCACAGGGACAGGACCAGGAAGAGUCCACAGCCAGACUCACAGGGACUAGGAAGAGUCCACAGCCAGACUCACAGGGACUAGGAAGAGUCCACAGCCAGACUCACAGGGACCAGGACGAGACUACAGCCAGACUCACAGGGACCAGGACGAGACUACAGCCAGACUCACAGGGACCAGGACGAGACUACAGCCAGACUCACAGGGAACAGGACGAGACUAAAGCCAGACUCACAGGGAAUAGGACGAGACUACAACCAGACUCACAGGGACCAGGAAGAGACGAGACUACAGCCAGACUCACAGCAACAGGACCAGGAAGAGUCCACAGCCAGACUCACAGGGACCAGGCAGAGUCCACAGCCAGACUCACAGGGACCAGGCAGAGUCCACAGCCAGACUCACAGGGACCAGGCAGAGUCCACAGCCAGACUCACAGGGACCAGGCAGAGUCCACAGCCAGACUCACAGGGACCAGGCAGAGUCCACAGCCAGACUCACAGGGACCAGGCAGAGUCCACAGCCAGACUCACAGGGACCAGGCAGAGUCCACAGCCAGACUCACAGGGACCAGGCAGAGUCCACAGCCAGACUCACAGGGACCAGGCAGAGUCCACAGCCAGACUCACAGGGACCAGGACGAGACUACAGCCAGACUCACAGGGACAGGACCAGGAAGAGUCCACAGCCAGACUCACAGGGACCAGGACGAGACUACAGCCAGACUCACAGGGACCAGGACGAGAUUAAAGCCAGACUCACAGGGACAGGACCAGGACGAGACUAUAGCCAGACUCACAGGGACAGGACCAGGACGAGACUACAGCCAGACUCACAGGGACCAGACUCAUAGGGACCAGGACGAGACUACAGCCAGACUCACAGGGAACAGGACGAGACUAAAGCCAGACUCACAGGGACCAGGACGAGACUACAGCCAGACUCACAGGGACCAGACUCACAGGGACCAGGACGAGACUACAGCCAGACUCACAGGGACCAGGACGAGACUACAGCCAGACUCACAGGGACCAGGACGAGACUACAGCCAGACUCACAGGGACCAGGACGAGACUACAGCCAGACUCACAGGGACCAGGACGAGACUACAGCCAGACUCACAGGGACCAGGACGAGACUACAGCCAGACUCACAGGGACCAGGACGAGACUACAGCCAGACUCACAGGGACCAGGACGAGACUACAGCCAGACUCACAGGGACCAGGACGAGACUACAGCCAGACUCACAGGGACCAGGACGAGACUACAGCCAGAAUCACAGGGACAGGACCAGGACGAGACUAUAGCCAGACUCACAGGGACAGGACCAGGACGAGACUACAGCCAGACUCACAGGGACCAGGACGAGACUACAGCCAGACUCACAGGGACCAGGACGAGACUACAGCCAGACUCACAGGGACCAGGACGAGACUACAGCCAGACUCACAGGGACCAGGACGAGACUACAGCCAGACUCACAGGGACCAGGACGAGGCUACAGCCAGACUCACAGGGACCAGGACGAGACUACAGCCAGACUCACAGGGACCAGGACGAGACUACAGCCAGACUCACAAGGACCAGGACGAGACUACAGCCAGACUCACAGGGACCAGGACGAGACUAAAGCCAGACUCACAGGGACCAGGACGAGACUACAGCCAGAAUCACAGGGACAGGACCAGGACGAGACUAUAG